AGGACAUCGAUCGAUCAAUUGGCCAAGGCGGCAAACGGCGGCGGCGGCGACCUGGAGGCGGGCUUGCCUCCUUGUCGAUCUCUACCUUCCCUCUUCCUCUGCUUGUCUAGAAGUUACUAGACCUUUCUAGCCCUUGUAUUCCUCCAUCUUCCACCCCAAAACCUUCCAAUAUUGUAACAGAUUCACUAGCUCCUUGUGUUGGAUUUGAUACCACUACUUCUGAAAUUGCAUUGUUGAAGUGGGUCGCUAACAAUUGUAAAAACGAAAAAACCCCUUGUCGUCUUCUCCAUUGCGGCACUGAAACUCAGGCGGCGCCACCAGCCAGCGUACCACGACGUUGCUCUGCUAGGGUUUGCUCCACCCUCCUCCCACCUCGCGCCAUCGGAUUCCACCUUCCCAGGUCUCCCUCCCCUCCCGUCGCCAUGCCGCACCUCGUCCGCGAGCGCCUCUUCUUCGGCGACAUCAACGACGCCAUCGCCGCGCUCACCACCACCACCGCGGAAGCCGGCGGCUUCACCCACCUCCUCUCCGUCGUCAGCUCCGCCUUCAUCUCCUUCAUCACCGACUGCCGCCCGGGCCUCUCCAUCCCCACCGAGGAGGUCCGCCGCGUGGUCGCCGGGGAGGAGGGCGCGCCGCCGGUCUCCGCCGUGGCCCCCGGGCGGCUGAUGCGAGUGGUGGAGCGCGCUGGGGUCGGGCUGCGGGUCACGCGGAUGGCCGUGCCGCUGCGGGACACCGAGGAGGAGAACCUGCUCGAUCACCUCGAGCCGUGUCUUGAUUUCAUCGAUGAGGGCAGGAAGGAGGGGAACGUCCUUGUCCAUUGCUUUGCUGGGGUCUCCAGGAGUGCUACCAUCAUCGUUGCUUAUCUUAUGAGAACAGAACAAAAAUCUCUGGAAGAAGCACUAGAGUCUCUUAAGGAAGUCAAUGAGUCAGCCUGCCCAAAUGACGGUUUUCUUGAGCAGUUGAAACUGUUUGAAGAAAUGGGCUUCAAAGUUGAUACUUCAAGUCCUCUAUACAAGCGUUUCCGUUUAAAAUUGCUAGGCCAAUCCUACAAAAUUGGAGAGAAAAUAGGAAGCUAUGUAUUUGAAGAUGAUCCUGGUCUUUCUGGACAGCCUAAUUCUUCUACUCAGAAUUUACCAAACAAGCAAACCCAACAACCAGCAUACCGCUGCAAAAAAUGCAGGAGAAUUAUUGCUGUGCAGGGCAAUGUUGUGAGCCACACUCCUGGUGAGGGUGAAUCUUGCUUUCAGUGGCAAAACAAGAGAAAAGGAGAGCGAUCAUAUAGCAAAGAACAAGAUUGCUCAUCGUUGUUUGUUGAGCCUCUGAAGUGGAUGACUCCAGUGGAAGAUGGUGCUUUGGAGGGGAAGCUAUCGUGUAUCCACUGCGGAGCACGGCUAGGAUAUUUCAACUGGUCAGGAAUCCAGUGCAACUGUGGCAGUUGGAUCACCCCAGCCUUCCAAAUUUCCAAGAGCAAAGUUGAUAUUAGUACCACUUAGAUAGUUGUCAGAGGCUAGUAGAUUAUUUCAGGACCAUGUGAGCUGGUGUAAAUACCGUUUUAUCAGAAGGAUUUACGAACUCGAAGGAUCUCGACCGAAGAUUUUCAGAUCCAUUGUGCACUAGAUAGAUACCAUGAAGAAAUAUAGUCUCAGAAACCACCACUUGUAUUGCUACUUGCUGUUAGACUAUGCCAUCAAUUGUAAUUGUUGGUUCUGAUGAUCUGAAAUGCUAUCAGCACGAAUUUCAUUUUUUUUCU